AAUAGGCACGAAUCGAUCUGUGGACGGGAGGAAAAAUAUAUCAAAGAGUUUGUACCCGCCUUCGCCGCAACCGUCGUUCCUGUCGCCGUACUAAUUCCCAGGAACAAGUGUGGACAGAUCAAUGGAUGGAGAAGAAUGUAAUAUAUCACUGUUUGAUUAUUCUGCUGAGAGUCAUCUAAAGGCAGUGGAAUCUAUCACUGAUUUAUGUGGUGAAGCUAAUGCUGAUAUUGAUGAGAAUGAUAUCAACAUAUUGUCAUCAUCAGUUACAUUCUUGAGGGAAUGGAGGCAUUAUAAUUUCGAACCAAAGAGUUUUGCAUUCUACAACGAGGCUGAGAAAAACCAUCAACCAAAGGAUAUAAACAGUCAAACUUUGCCUCAAUUUUCUUCCGCACGAGCUCCCAAGGUUAAGAUACAUGACGAUGAGUCAUCAUCAUCUGGUGAAAUCAGCAAGGACUUUGUGAUGCAUGUUGGAGGCUCUGUUUGGGCAAUGGAGUGGUGUCCCAGAGUUCAUGGGAAUCCAGAUGCUCAAGCUAAAUGUGAGUUUCUAGCUGUGGCUACUCAUCCGCCUGACUCAUACAGUCACAAGAUUGGUAUUCCUCUUAUAGGUCGAGGCAUCAUUCAGAUAUGGUGCAUUAUAAAUGCCACUUGCAAGAAAGAUAGCGGCCAAGUUUCAGAUAAGGGUAAAAAAUUGACAGGAAAGUCUCGAAAACAACCAUCUGGUGAAACUACUGAAACAACAGAACCUAAGAAGCCGAGAGGCAGGCCCAGAAAGCAUCCAGUAGAGACAACAGAGCCUAAGAAACCAAGAGGUAGACCUAGAAAGAAGAGUACUGCCGAGUUACCUGUUGAGCUUGAUGAUGACGUUCUGUACGUUGAAGCUCUGUCUGUUCGGUAUCCAGAAAAUUCAGUUGUUCCCGCAACUCCUCUUCGGAUACUACGAGAAACUCCAGUAACAGAAACUAAGGUCAACAAUGAAGGUUCAGGACAAGUGUUGUCUUCGGACAAUGCAAAUAUCAAGCUUCCAGUACGGAGAAAGAGACAAAAAACCAAAAGUACUGAAGAAAGUUGCACACCCAUGAUAUUAGAAUAUAGUGAAGCUGUUGGAAAUGUACCGAGCAAACCGUCCUCUGGUAUUUCUGAAGACAUAGUAGCUCUUCCAAGGGUUGUCUUAUGCCUGGCCCACAAUGGAAAAGUUGUCUGGGAUAUGAAAUGGCGUCCCUCAUAUGCGGGUGAUUCUCUUAAUAAGCAUAGUAUGGGAUAUUUAGCUGUCUUGCUGGGGAAUGGAUCUCUGGAAGUGUGGGAUGUUCCAAUGCCUAAGGCAACAUCAGCUCUAUAUUUAUCAUCAAAGAAAGCUGCGACUGAUCCCCGUUUUGUGAAACUGGCUCCCGUUUUCAAAUGUUCAAACUUGAAGUGUGGCGACACAAAGAGUAUUCCUUUGACAGUUGAAUGGUCGACUUUAGGGAACCCUGAUUUCUUACUGGCUGGUUGCCACGAUGGCACGGUUGCUCUCUGGAAGUUUUCUACAACCAAAUCUUCAGAAGAUACAAGACCUUUACUUUUCUUCAGCGCAGAUACAGCUCCUAUUAGGGCAGUUGCAUGGGCUCCUGGUGAAAGUGAUCAGGAAAGUGCAAACAUAGUAGCAACUGCUGGACAUGCUGGUCUGAAGUUUUGGGACUUACGUGAUCCGUUCCGUCCUCUGUGGGAUUUGCACCCAGUACCAAGGUUUAUUUACAGCCUUGAUUGGUUACAAGAUCCAAGCUGCGUUCUAUUGUCCUUUGAUGAUGGAACAUUAAGAAUCCUAAGCUUGGUGAAGGUUGCGUAUGAUGUUCCUGCUACUGGAAGGCCUUAUCCUAAUACAAAACAGCAAGGGUUAAGCGUUUAUAACUGUUCAACUUUUCCCAUCUGGAGUAUUCAAGUAUCAAGGCUAACAGGCAUAGCAGCGUAUUGCACUGCAGAUGGGUCCAUUUUCCAUUUCGAGCUUACGACCAAAGCAGUGGAAAAAGACACGAGAAAUCGGACUCCACACUAUCUCUGUGGACAGUUGACAAUGAAAGAUUCCACCUUCAUAGUGCAUAGUCCAGUUCCAGACAUCCCGAUCGUAUUGAAGAAACCAGUUGGUGAGACCGGUGAAAAACAGAGAUGCCUUCGAAGUCUCUUGAACGAAUCUCCUAGCCGAUAUGCAUCUAACGUUUCAGAUGUUCAGCCUCUAGCUUUUGCACACGUUGAGGAUCCAGGUUUAGAGUCUGAAUCCGAAGGAACAAAUAACAAAGCAGCAAAAUCAAAGGCUAAAAAAGGAAAGAACAACGCAAGAGCAGAGGAGGACGAGAACAGCAGAGCACUGGUCUGUGUCAAAGAAGAUGGCGGAGAAGAAGAAGGAAGAAGAAAAGCAGCUAGCAACAAUAGCAAUGGAAUGAAAGCAGAAGGGUUCCCGCCUAAAAUGGUGGCGAUGCAUCGUGUGCGGUGGAACAUGAAUAAAGGAAGUGAGAGAUGGUUAUGUUAUGGUGGAGCCGCCGGGAUUGUUCGGUGUCAAGAGAUUGCUCCAACCUCAGAUUGGAAACCUCGGAGAUAACAAUUAAGUCCCUUGUAACAAUACACUUAUAUAACAUCUUCAAGUGUUUAUUCCAAAAAGAAAAUUAACGUAGGAUUUUGUAUUAAAAGAAGAUUAUUUGCAAGAAACUGAUUCAAUUGAAGAACUUUUUGAUUCUGCGGUCAAAAAAGGGAACAAACCCUGAAAA